CGUUUUCAGUUGCUUAGCUGCGUUCACACGGACGAGUCCAGAAUCGGGCCGGGAGGGUUCUGCUGUUGUCUCUGCUCUCCGGGGAUGAUCCGACCUCUUCUGUUCUGAAGUGGUUCUGUUAUCGGUCCACUGAGGGUGGCGUUAGGUGACCGUCCGUCGGUGGUGGGCAGCGUCCUGAUGUGUUUGUUAUUGUUCCCAUGUAGAGUAGCUCACAGUCAAGGUGGCUUCCCAACUCGGUAACGGGAUGGACCAAGAAAAGCGGGAUAAGCUGUCUGAGUUGGUGGAGGAGUUGACUACCUCUGGAGAACCACAGCUCAAUGAAGCAAAAAUGAAAGAAGUUAAAAAGAUUUGCAAAAUCUCCAACGACUACAUCGACCAUUUCUAUCACCUCAUCAUGAGCCAGCUAAACCAGGAUCACGCUGAGAUUCGCCUCUCUGCCUUCCAGAUGGCGACUGAGCUGUUCAGCCGUUCUCACCACUUCAGAGUCCUCCUCGUAACUAACCUCCAGGAGUUUUUAGAGCUAACGGUGGAGACGGACAUUGAGCAGCCGCUGCCGCCACCUAAAGAAGUAGCCAAGAAGCUCAAGAGCCAGGCCAUCCAGACUGUGCAGGCAUGGCAGGCCACAUAUGGAGAGGCCUAUAAGAAGCUGGCAUUGGGCUAUCACUUCCUCAAGAAAGUUAAAAAGGUAGAUUUUCAGGAUGUUGAAGCCAGAACGCUGGCUGAGCGAAAGAGACAGGAGGAGAAACAGCAGAGACUUGAGAGAAUUUAUAAAGAGAAGCUUGAAAAGGCAAAGCAGGAGAUGGAAGAAAUGUACUCCGAGAUCGAGGAAUCCCUGACUGAGAUCAACAACUGCAUGACGUUGCUCAUGCCGGACAACUUCAGCCUGUUUAGCACCGAGCCAAACGUGCCCAGCAGCAGGGCGACCUCAGCAUGUGCUGAGCCUGACCGAGACAUGGGUGUCUGGGAUGAACAGCCGUGCUGCAGCAAAGACCUGAGCGAUGGGGGUGAUGGAAGGAUGGCAGAGGACAGCAAAAAUGCUGAGGAGAAAGAGGAGCCUGGCGAAGAGGCUGACAUGGAGGAGGGUCCGGAUGGGGACAUGUUUAUCCGUAGCACCGGGCUGAUGUCUCAUACCUAUCGGCUGGACCUGAAUGUGUCUUUAGAUUUGAAUGUGAAGGAGACUGAAGAGAAUGAGGCAGUAGUGAACAAUAUAAGAGACCUGCACAGACUCAUCAGCAGCAGACACCUUCCUGUUGUCCAGUCUUGGAUUCAGGUUUUUACGAAGGUUGGUGUGGAGGAGCAGCUGAUGAGGCGAGCCACUGACCUCAAGAAAUCUCUCGAGAAAGCUUUGAGGAAACAUGACGAGCUUCAUAUAGACUACAAAACAAGAUGGAGAAGAGUGAUAAAAGCCGGAGAGGACGAUGACGAUGACGAUGAUGAUUUUGAGGAGGUGCCAGAGAAGGAGGGUUAUGAGCCACAUAUCCCUGAGCAUCUGCGAGCGGAGUAUGGUCUUGAUCCAUUGCCUUCCACGUCUACCUCUGUGGCCAAACCAAUCACAUCAAAACUUGUGGUCAGACCUGCGGCUCCUCCCAUGCCCCGGACUCUUGUCCGACUCGAAAGGAAGCAACGUGACGAGGAGGAGGACCCCACAUGUGCAGCUGCCACUAUCCGUGUCCUAAAAGAGAGGCUGCCCUCUGAACCAUCUACAAGUGCAUCUGGAGGCUCUGCUGAGGCCACUGUGAGCAGCAGUGAACAGGGGAAGGAGGCAGGGAAGGCUCCUGUCGUUCCAUUUGGAGUAGAUCUCUAUUACUGGGGAGAGGAGCAACCUACGGCUGGGAAGAUCAUCAAGAACAUCUCUCAGCACCAGUUCUGGGUGCCACAUGAAGUGGAGGAGGAGGUUGAGAACAAAGAGCUGUCUGCGCAGAUGAAGUCCAGGUACAUCACCUUUGCUGGCCACUUCCAGCCAGUGGAUCACAAGUGCAAAGCUCCGAUGCCCAACGGCUCACUGUGUGAACGCCAGGACCGAGUCAAGUGUCCAUUCCACGGGCACAUAAUCCCUCGGGAUGAGCUUGGGAGGCCAAUUAAUCCAGAAGAUGCUGCUCGUCUUGAGAAGGAGGAGAGGAAACGCCUGGAAGAGCAGCCGGAUUGGCGUGAUCCAGAGCUCAUGAGGGAGAUUGAAGCAGCUACAGGCGAAGAUUUGGGCUCCUCGAGAACGUAUGGAAAGGGGAAAAAGGCUGGGAAAGGAAAGGGAAAGAAAAGGAAGCACCCCAACCUCACAGACCUGAAACAGACUGCCAACACGUCUCGCUCAAGGCUGGAAAAGAAGGUCUUCAAUAAGAGCUCCAUGAGGCGAAUAGCGGAGGUCAUGAACAAAAUGGACAAGAGGAAACACGAGAAAUUUGCAAACCAGUUUAACUACGCGUUUAAAUGAGCCGCAGAGGGACUCCGGUCCUCAGCACCGUGACGCACCAAACUCACUCAAGUGUCAAAAUAAUGCAACUUUUCUGAAGGUUUUGUAGCUGGACAAGUAUUUUAUACUUCUUGAUAGUUUUUUUUUAAUAAUUUCUGUUUUUCUAAACUUCAUACUUGAUUGUAAAUUAUGAAUUAUGUAGUAAAAGUGUGAUGUCUGUGUUUUCUAAAAUACUCCUGAUUUAACUUGUGACUUAAAGCAAAAAAUCUGAA